GAAAUGCUGAAAAGAUCUGCAUCAGAGAUAAACACAAUAUUCGCACUUGCAUCAGCGCCUGGGAAGGCAGGUAUUGCCGUCGUUAGAGUCUCUGGACCGGAUGUUCGAGAAGUCUAUAACAGAAUGACAAAAUCGAAAGCACUACCAAAUGAGCGUUUUAUGGCGAAUAGAAGGAUUUUACAUCCAACAACUAAGGAAGUUAUUGAUAAUGCACUUUUGGUUUACUUCAAAGCUCCAAGGUCGUUCACUUCUCAGGAUACACUAGAGAUGCAUCUUCAUGGUGGUAAUGCCGUCGUCAGCGCUACUCUCAAUGCUCUCGCAGAAGUGAAGGGUUGUAGACCUGCAGAGAGAGGCGAGUUCACCAGACGUGCUUUCGAAGCUCACAAAUUGGACCUCACCGAGCUGGAAGGUCUCAGGGAUCUAAUCGAAGCUGAGACGGAAAUGCAGAGGAAACUUGCAUUGAGACAAUCCUCUGGAGCUGUCAGAGAACAAUACGACGAUAUGCGCCUGGAAAUCAUACAUUGCUUAUCUAUCGUUGAAGCUGUGAUUGAUUUUGGAGAAGACGAGCAGAUUGAGGAGGGCGUUCUCGAUGAUGCGAUGGAAUCUGUGCGUAGUCUAAUGGAUAAGAUAAGGAGGCACCUUAAUGAUGGACGCAGAGGUGAAAUACUCCGGAGCGGGAUCAGGUUGGCAAUAUAUGGACCGCCAAAUGCAGGUAAAUCGACGCUAUUAAACCACCUAGCCAAAAGGGAAGCAGCCAUCGUAUCUCCACUACCAGGAACUACACGAGAUGUGAUCGAAUUGAAUCUGAAUCUUGGCGGAUAUCCAGUUAUAGUUUCAGACACAGCCGGUGUGAGGCAUACUACACAAGAGAUUGAGAAACUAGGCGUGCAGAAAGCCAUAGAUGUGGCGAAGCAGGCAGACAUCACACUUGUCGUGCUCGACUUACCUGAUCUAUUGGCAAAAAGGGAACUCAGUGUAGAUUUGAGCGACAUUUCUGCUGACGCCAUUGUUUUACUCAACAAAGCGGACGCGCUGGAGGCGCCUCUCGAUGCAUCCCAACUCAAAGUGAUUGAAACUUUGUUGCAUCCACGCACGAAAUAUUUCAUAGGAAGCGUAAAAACAGUAGACGCAUUGGAGAAUUUCAUAGCUAGCCUUACAGAUGGUAUCAAAGAGCAAUUUGAUUUGGGUAUGACUGAGCUGCCACUCAUUACGGACGCGAGACAUCGGUACCACCUUGAAGAGUGUCUCGGAUUCCUGCAGGCAUUUGUCAAUACUCCCGGAAAUGCUCCGGUGGAGGCUGCUGAAGAGCUGCGCUAUGCUGCACUUGCGUUGGGUAAGGUUACCGGUAGAGUGGAUGUUGAGGAUGUCCUUGAUGCACUCUUCGCGGGCUUCUGCAUAGGCAAGUGAAUGUAUA